AUGGAUGGCGCUGGUCCUUUCGGAAACCCACGAGCACAAGCACCUUCUGCACUUCCACACAACCAAGGCUACGACCGCGACUGCCUCCAGUGCCGAGUAACCGGUGCAGCUGUCUUCACUGGCGCAGGUGCUUUUUCUCUCUAUGAAGCGAAGAAACACGGCGCUUUCGAUAGAUUGUCUGGCACUGGCAAAGGUGUCGAAGGAAACGCAACUGUUCAAGGUCUCGGGAGAGGCGUUGCCGGUAAAGGCGGCUUAAGAGGUACUGGUUUAGCCGUAUUUGGUAUUGGCAUGAUCUCCGCCGGCAUCUUCCGCCUCCUUGUGAAAACACCCUCAAAGUAA